AACUCUUCUAUUAUAUAUACAUAAAUAAAAACCAUAGUCUUGUCCAAGAACCUAACAAGUGAUCAUUCAAGAAAAAUGGCUGAUAACUACUCUUCACAACCUCUAUCAAUACACAUACACUUGUGUUUCUUCUUUCUUGUUCUUUUGACAUUUGUAAGUAUUACAUGGUACAUCAACUAUGAGUCUAUAUUUGAAGGCAUUAUGGAUCAGAUGAAGCUUUUUCUCAUGUUAUCUCCUUUACUGCUACUUUUAGUUUUACACUUGGAUAAAUCUCUCUUCUUUAAUUCCUUCCCUGAUCAAGAAUCCUUUGGUGACACUCCAUGGGGAGUUGGAUUGCUCCUUGUGCUUCUCCUUUUCAUGAUUUCCUAUCAGUCUGAUUUUCGCGAACGAUGGUUUCCUCUUUUAGGUUGAUAUAUCAUUUCUUUAUUUGUAACUUUCACUACCUUGUAUAUGCUUUCAUUUGGAGAUGGAAAUCCUUUCCACUGCAUCAGUAUUUCUUCAAUAUGCUCUGGAUUUAUCUUAUUUCUAUGGACAAUGUAAAUGAACUUCUUGUGUUAUUAUCUUACUUAAUUGAUUUCACUACUUUUAAAAUCA